CAGGAACAUUCUUUGGGCCUGGAUCCUGAUCCAUUUGUUGAUUAGCGGGUUAGAGAGCAUUUGCGUCAAUCCUAAGCGGCUGAACUCUCACAACCCCCGUUUAUAAACCCUUCUCUCUCUCGCCGUCUUUGUUAUCACAAAACUCUUCCGACUCGUUUCUUCUCGAUCUCCGCCUCUUCAGUUGUUUCAUCGAUGGCUUUACCUAACCAGCAAACCGUUGAUUACCCUAGCUUCAAGCUCGUCAUCGUUGGUGACGGAGGCACAGGGAAAACCACGUUCGUAAAGAGGCAUCUUACUGGAGAGUUUGAGAAGAAGUAUGAACCCACUAUUGGUGUUGAGGUUCACCCUUUAGAUUUCUUCACUAACUGUGGCAAGAUCCGGUUCUACUGUUGGGAUACUGCUGGUCAAGAGAAGUUUGGUGGGUUAAGGGAUGGAUACUACAUCCAUGGACAGUGCGCUGUUAUCAUGUUUGAUGUCACAGCACGUCUGACAUACAAGAAUGUUCCAACAUGGCACCGUGAUCUUUGCAGGGUCUGUGAAAACAUCCCGAUUGUACUCUGCGGGAACAAAGUUGACGUGAAGAACAGGCAAGUGAAGGCCAAGCAGGUGACAUUCCACAGGAAGAAGAAUCUCCAGUAUUACGAGAUAUCUGCCAAGAGCAACUACAAUUUCGAGAAGCCAUUCCUGUACCUUGCUAGGAAACUCGCCGGGGACCCUAACCUUCACUUUGUGGAAUCACCUGCACUUGCUCCCCCAGAAGUCCAGAUCGACAUGGCUGCUCAGCAACAGCAUGAGGCGGAGCUCGCAGCCGCAGCAAGUCAGCCACUUCCUGAUGACGAUGAUGACACGUUUGAGUAGAGAGAGAGAGAGAGAUCCGCACUGUGAUUUGGGCACAAACUAUUAUCUUUUGUCUUCUUUUUUUUUUGAUGGAGCUAUUUCUA